AUGGCUCAAGCCUACUUUGCUCAGGAAAUGUUCCAGCCCGCGACUUUCAGCCUUACGGUCCGCAGCUACCCCCCCAACCGUGGUUAUCUCGUUUCCGCUGGCCUUGAUGAUGUCCUGGAUUACUUGUCCCACCUCCAGUUCGACAGCGAUGCCAUUCAAUUUCUCAGUUCCACAGGUAUGUUCAAAGACGACUUCCUUGAGUACCUCGGAGGAGUCCGGUUUACCGGCUCCCUUCGAGCCAUUCCGGAGGGAAGGCUCUUCUUCGCGGACGAACCGCUCUUGGAAAUCACCGCACCGAUCAUUGAAGCGCAGCUGGUCGAGACAUACGUCAUAAACCAGAUGAACUUGCAAACCGCACUGGCCACAAAGGCCUCGCGGUGCGUCUGGGCAGCCCAAGGCAGGGGUAUCGCGGACUUUGCCUCUCGCCGAACUCACGGGUCUGAUGCGGCAAUGAAAAUGGCCCGCGCCAGCUACAUGGCCGGCUUUGGUUCAACGAGUAACGUGCUGGCAGCCAGCCACUACGGGAUCCCGCCGGCCGGAACGAUGGCCCACUCUUUCAUUUCAAGUUUCCCCUCUGAGCUGGACGCAUUUCGCGCCUACUCCCAGAGUUUUCCCGACCGCACCAUCCUCCUGCUGGACACCUACGACACCCUCGCCGGGGCUUGGAACGCGGUGGAGAUCGCAAAGGAGCUGGAGGUGGCCGGGCAUAGGCUGGCCGGUGUUCGGCUGGACUCGGGAGACUACACAAAGCUGAGCCUCCAGGUCAGGCACGUGCUGGAUGACCACGACCUCGGCUACGUCAGGAUACUUGCCAGCGGCGGGCUGGACGAAUAUGAACUUGAGACCCUUGUCGAAGCCGGUGCUCCCAUUGACCUCUUUGGAGUGGGCACCAAGGCGGGAGUUUCGGCCGACGCUCCAUGGUCGGACAUGGUCUACAAGGUGGCAUGGUUCGACGAUCGUCCGGUGAUGAAAUUGAGUGAGGGCAAGAUGUCCCUCCCCGGCGCCAAGCAGAUAUUCCGCCGGACGAACGGCGAGGGCACCCUUGCAGGGGACAUCAUUGGCCUCCAGGAGGAGACAGGGCCGGUGGACUCCAAGCCGCUGCUCGAAGAAUUCAUGACCCGGGGAGAGCGCAACAUACCCACGCCGCCCCUGGUAGAGCUACGGGAUCGUUUCCGUGAUGAAUUCGCCAACCUGGAGACACGCUUCAAGGACCUGCGCCGGCCGCCACAGUUUUCCCGUCUCGGUCAGCCCUAA